GACGUCUGUAACUUCAAAGAUUGUUUCCCUCUUUCUGCUGAGGAGGAUCCAACUGCAUCCAUUCGUGUGACUGGCUUUAACGACCUUAAAUGUAGCAAACAGAAAAGAGUGGAAAAAACCUGUGGGAUUCCAUUUAACUUUUUCAUACCAUCUCUGCCAAGGGCUACGUCUUUCAUCAACACGCCAAACCGCUCAGUGGUACGCAGGCCUUUCCCUCUGGCCCAUGGAACCACAACCCUGGGUUUCAUCUUCCAAGGUGGGGUCAUCGCAGCGGCGGACACGCGCGCCAGUGCUGGGGGGCUUGUUGCCUGUCCAGCGGUUCAUAAGAUUACACCUGUUCACUCCCAUUUAGUGGUCACCUCCUCAGGCAGCGGAGCGGACUGCAUGUUGUGGGAGCGUAUUCUGAUCAGAGAGCUCAGGCUCUACCAGCUGCGUCACAGGCGUCGCCUCUCCAUACGUGGGACUGCCAAGCUUCUCUCAUUCAUGCUGCAUCCCUUCAAAGGCACCGACGUGUGUGUAGCUCUCACUCUGUGCGGAUGGGAUAAGGAAGAGGAGGCCCGAGGCACUUCAAAAUCUGAUGAUGAAGGCACUUCAGCUGUUGUUAGAGACCAAGAUGUUCCUUACACAGCAUAUUCUCCAUCCUCUAACGGUGGCCCGAAACUUAUUUAUGUGUGCAGUGAUGGGGCCAGACUGCAGGGAGAGGUCUUCUCCGUGGGCUCAGGUUCUCCCUAUGCGUACGGAGUCCUGGAUGGGGGCCUCAGUUGGAGCUUGUGUAAAGAGGAAGCAGUCGCCUUGGCAAGAGAGGCAGUGUUCAGAGCCACUCACAGGGAUGCCUACUCUGGAAAUAACGUUGAUCUUUUCCACCGGAAGUUGCUUGUUCAUCACACACUUUCAAAGAUGGCUCUUGCUAAUCUAUUGAGCAGCGAAUGUGAGGAUUUUUCACUUGAUUAUCGCCAGCCCUUGGCUUUUGGUUAUGGAUCCGGACAGAACGGUCUGGAAUCAGAGGCUUUGCCCGGAGAAAGCCUAAGUUUUUCUGUUAAAAACCCGCUCGUUGACGGAGACGAGUGCGGAGUUGAGAGGAAAAUAGAGUUACUGCACGGAACAACCACCCUAGCGUUUAAAUUCCAGCAUGGAGUUAUUGUUGCGGUGGACUCUCGGGCCACGGCGGGCUCCUACAUCGCUUCGCAAACGGUGAAAAAGGUGAUCGAGAUCAACCCCUACCUGCUGGGCACCAUGGCCGGAGGAGCGGCCGACUGCAGCUUCUGGGAGCGCCUGCUGGCCCGCCAGUGCCGCAUCUACGAGCUUCGCAACAAAGAACGCAUCUCGGUGGCAGCCGCCUCCAAGCUGCUGGCCAACAUGGUGUACCAGUACAAGGGCAUGGGCCUCAGCAUGGGAACCAUGGUCGGCCUGCGGCAGGACCUGAGCGUGGAGGAGGCCUGCGAGCUGGGCCGCCGCGCCAUCUACCAGGCCACCUACCGCGACGCCUACAGCGGGGGGCAGGUCAACCUCUACCACGUCCACAGCGAGGGCUGGACCCGGGUCUCCCAGGACGACGUCCUGGUCCUGCACCAGCAGUACAGGGAGCAGGCCUAG